GAUUGAAAAGUGGUGUGCGGUCAAAUCCUCGCUUGUGUUAAUAGUUUUUUUUUUCUCUCUAGUAAAUUCAAAACUUACUACAUUUGGAUUGAAAACAUUAAAUAAUAAUACAAACAAUUAAACUACAAGAAAAUAAGUGAUUUGCUUAUUGAUUUUCAGCCAAAUGAACUUGGUUUAAUAGUGUAGUGACUAGUGAAGGUUUAUACAACUAUACCACCAUUUUGUUUUCAAUUCCUCACCCCAAAACCAAAUUAUUAUUUUAUAUGUAGCUGUAGACUGUAUUUGGACUCUUUGUAUUCGUUCCCAUCUAAUUUAAACCGUAAAAGAAAAAAAACAUAUUAAUUGAAGGACUUAACAUCUUUUUUUAUGGAAAAAAUGAAACUUAAACAACUUUUGUUUGUGAAAAUAUUAAAACCUGUACGAUUGAGUUCGGGAACAAGUAGUGUUAAUUUAAUAUAAUUUUCUGUGCAGUAAUUGUGUACCUCGUAUUGUUAAUCAAAGGUAUAAUGUAUCUAUUGUGAGUUAACCAUAUUAGUGUUUGCUGUCGCCGUUUGUCACGUACACCUUUUUACCCAAAAAAAAAAGGAAUAUUGUAAAAUUAGUGAAUUGUAUAUUAACUGGAUAAAAAAAAAAUAACAAUAACAAAUAAAAUGGCUUUAACUGGAGGAUCAGAUUCAAAAAUAGCACGCAUUAUGGUCUUUAGACCAACCUGGGAGGAGUUUAAAGAUUUUCCCAAGUAUAUAGCUUACAUGGAAUCUCAGGGUGCACACAAAGCUGGGCUUGCCAAAGUUGUACCCCCUCCUGAGUGGGUACCAAGAAAAAGUGGCUAUGAAGAUUUGGAUGCCCUCAACAUAACCAUACCUGCGCCCAUAUGUCAAGUUGUAACUGGCAAACAGGGACUCUAUCAACAAAUAAAUAUUCAAAAAAAACCACUCACUGUUAAACAGUUUGCCGAAUUGGCCAACACUGAACGUUAUCAACCACCGAAACAUUUCGAUUUUGAAGAUCUUGAAAGAAAAUAUUGGAAAAAUAUAACGUAUGUGGCCCCAAUUUACGGUGCAGAUGUUAGCGGUAGCAUUACGGACCCAGAAAUGAAUAGCUGGAAUAUUAAUCGUUUGGGCACAAUCUUAGAUUUUGUGAACGAAGACUAUGGCAUACAAAUCGAUGGUGUGAAUACGGCAUACCUGUAUUUUGGAAUGUGGAAAACAACGUUUGCAUGGCACACUGAAGAUAUGGACUUAUAUUCUAUUAACUAUUUACAUUUUGGUGCGCCGAAAACAUGGUACGUUGUGCCGCCUGAGUAUGGACGAAAACUAGAAAAAGUCGCCAAUAGUUAUUUUCCCGCAAGUUAUCAAAACUGUAAUGCGUACUUGCGACAUAAAAUGACUUUAAUAAGUCCGCAGAUCCUCAAGCAGCAUGAAGUUCCAGUUAGUAAGAUAACACAAGAAGCCGGUGAAAUAAUGAUUACUUUCCCAUUUGGCUAUCAUGCUGGUUUCAAUCAUGGGUUCAAUUGUGCAGAAUCUACUAAUUUCGCAAUGGAACGUUGGAUUGAAUAUGGAAAACGUGCUGUUCAGUGUACCUGCAGCAAUGAUAUGGUUAAAAUAUCAAUGGAUACAUUUGUAAAGCGCUUUCAACCCGAUCGCUAUCAAGCAUGGCUUGAAGGUACAGAUGUUGGUCAGCAUCCUGAAGAUCCACCAAAUGCAUUAACUGUAGCACCACCUCCAACGCAAUUAGAUGUUCUAUGCAAUAAGAAAAAUGGGGAUGUUCCUGUACAAUUAUUCCAAAGAAUGAAGAAACAUUGCAAUCCAACAAAAAAAAAAUCAUUUAAGGAACGAAAUCCUGAUCUUGAUCUCGAUGAAAUUCAAUCAAAUCCAAACAUACCAGAUGAUGUUAAGGCUGUUUUAAAGGAAAGCGUUUUAACAUUGGACAUGGACGAGGACGAGGAAGUACCUGCAAUAUUAGAGCCAGCGAGUAUAAGUAGUCAAAGUCCAGCUAUAUUGAAAACUAAAAAGGAAUUACUAGAUUAUAUUGACGAUGGAUCUGAGUUUGACGACGACGAGGAUGCAUUUAGAAAACGUAAACAAAAAAGAAAGUCAGACGCUGAAUACGACGACGAUUGGUAUGAAAGUAAACGCCGUUCAAAUUCUCGCGGUAAGGGACGAAGUCCAAAAGGCAAAGAAUAUCCAGCUGAAAGUACAGUAAAAAUUAAAAAAGAACGUCCUUCUACAGAGAAAAUAGAAAAACCUCCUAAACAAAAAACACCUCGAAAGACGCCCACUAGAAAAAAGAAGGAGAACAAUGAUUCUUCAUCUAGCUCCGUACCAUCAUCUCCAGCAACUACCCCUAAACCAGCCGAUACUGAGGUUCUACGCAAAUUAAACGAACAUUUGAUGAAAAAUCUUAGUCCUACAUUUCAAUUCACAAAUCAUCCCAUUAAAUUUGAGGGAAAAAUCCCAAUAGUAAAGAAAACCCCAUCAUCCGAAAAUCUUGAUCAGUCAAACGAUUGUUUAAUUCAGCAACAAUUAAAAGUAGAACCUUUUUCGGCAAUGUCAUCGCCUACAUCUACGGUUUGUGUGAAUUUAAAUAAAACAUCUCCUCCAAACUCAGUAAGGACCUCAGCAUCUGCUGCAGCGUCAGCAGCUGCUUAUACGAAUAACUCUAGUCAGCUCAAUACCUUGAACACAACCAUUGUGUACAAAGCCAUCGGAGGUGGAACAACAACAUUAUCACCAAUCCCCGUAACCAUGAAAACUACUUCUUCGAAUAAUAUAAUAACAACUACGGAUGGUACAGCUCUGUGUAUCAAAAACGAAGUCAUUGAUAGCGAAGGUAGUGUGGACGCAGAAUCAGAAAUAAUAAAUUCUAGUCAAAGUGGUGGUAAAGGAGCGUCAUCAGAUGUUUACAUGGUCACCACUGAUAAUAAUACAACCUACAUCAUUAAUCAACAUCCACCACAACAAAUCACAACAAUGCCAAUAUUGAAAACGGAAAAUGAAUCUGCUGAUGAUGUAAUCGUUGAGAACAAUUCACCUUCAGUGAAUAGUUCGCAAACUAAUUAUACAACAAAAAUGAUUUACAACCUGAAACAGAAACGAAAGCGAAAAUUGCGCAAUGAACCCGAUGAACAAUCGGAGUACUUAGAGAAAAUGUCUGUCCGCGGAUUGGAUAUUCAAAAGUAUGAGCAUAUUGUUGAUGGAAUUGCAUAUUGUGCAGUGUGUGCCAAAAAAGAGAUUUUUAAAACAUUUAAAAACAAAUACAGUUUUCAAAGGCAUGCUUACCUUUUUCAUGAAGGCGAUAAUCGAAAAAUAUUUGCCUGUCCUGUUUGCAGCAAAGAGUUUUCGCGUCCGGAUAAAAUGAAAAUGCAUAAAAAAGACAAACAUAGUGAAGUUGUUGACAUGGAAGAGCAAAUUAAGGCAGCUGCAGAAGAGGAGAAAGCACCUGUAAUCGUUAAAGCACCUGCUCGACGAAAAAGAGUUACUAAAGCUCAAAAAUUACUUCAACAGCAGCAACAACUACAACAGCAACAGGAUGAAGAAGAAGAAGAGCAGCAGCAACAACAACAGCAACAGAUGUUGAAUGAUAGGUCCACAAUAACAACAAUAAUUGAAACAAAAUCUGAAAGCAAUAAUAACAGCAACCAGAGCUUAAGUAAUUGUACAUCUCAUCAGAUGCAAACAAUUGAUUUGAGUAGCAUGAUUUUACCUAGUCAACUUCAAAUAAGUACGGCCGAACUUCUACAACAUCACCAGCAACAACAACAACAACAGCAGCAGCAACAGUUACAAAACACAACCAUUCUCUAUAAUCAAAUUGAUUUAAAUAACGCGCUGCUGCAAAAUCAACUACAUGCUAAUAAUAUCAUUAUCCAAGGUCCAAUAGGAACAUCAAAUGGUUCUCUCCUUCCAGUUCAAACAAUCCAAACUCAUGACGGCAGUAUAUUUCAUCACCAGCAAUCAUCUCAGCAGCAGCAUAUUCAAAUAAAAAAUGAAUUGCAAACGGUUCCUUUGAGCACCACAUCCACUACCACGCUAUCAUCGUCCUCAACAUCUAAUUCUAGUCACCAUCAGCAACAACAUAGUAAUCAGCAACACCAUCAACAACAUCAAAUGGAUAUGACUUCCUUGACAAAACUCGAGAACGUAUCUUAUCUGCCAUCUUCAAACGAAAAUCAUGUUAUUGGAACUGUUCAAAGUUAUCAGAUAAUUACACCUGACGGAUUGCAUGCUUACCAGCCAAAAUUAUUAAAUGCAAAUGAAAUCGAACUAUGUCCAUUUACCUCUGCAACAGGAGCUAAUUACACUUUCACUUCAUCGAGUCAAAGUAAUAACAACAACAUUAGCAACAACAAUACAGACCAUUCUCAAUUUAUGGACAUUAAAAAUGAAUUGCUUAUCAAGAGCGAUCAGUUCAUGGAUACAUCUGGAAUGUAUCAUUUGCCAUUUUCACCAAGCUCAAUGAUAAAUGCUGUUAGUGAAGUGAAUAACUCAUCUUUAUUGGAAACCAAAGAAAUUAGAAGGCCCAAGAAACGCAAACCAUCCACCGCUGCCAAACAUUAGCUCUAAACAUCAAGAACUACACUUAAAAUUUGUCAGUAAAUUCACAGAUUUUUUAAAAUCUUAUGGAUCAAACAAUAGAACCAAUGUCGAAAGCUUGAAUAUAAAAUCCUCUGAGGUCACUCAAAAUUGCUUGAACAAUGUGAACAAAUCUGGAGCAAAAGAACUAUCGAGAACGAGUAUUUUAAGAUUAUUUCGUAUACCAAAAGUAUCAAAGGAAGCAGGUGAACAAAAAAAUUUAAGGACAACAACAACGGCUCCCAAAAUAAUUGAAAAGAUUCCAUCUCCUAUUGUAACGUCUGUUCAACAAAAAAAAACGUCAUCAUACCAAAAAGUGUUAUCACCGUCAAUUAAAGAGCUUACAAUUUGUUCUUCAAAUGCGACCGAUAUCAAAUGUAACGACAGCGAUAACAAAU